AUGGAUAGAGAUUUUGAGCAGAAAUGGAAAAAGAUGAUCGAUUCGGAUAAAAGGCAAUUAUAUUCUGAUAUGCGUAGCUUGUCAACAAUGUCACAAAAUGAAGAAACGGCAUUAGAUUCCAAUGUAAGGACAGCAGAGCAGCAAUCGUCAACCGAAUCAAGUACAAAAAGCGAAGGAACAAUGACAGAUGUUCAUGAGAAGAAAGAAUGGGGAGAUCCUCGUGGAGAGAUUGAUUUUAAUCCAAUAGACAGUCGAGGCUACAUCAGUAAAGGUAUUCAAGUGCGAGGACAAGUGAAAGAAAACCGUUGA